GAGAACACCAUCCAUCCAUUAAUCCAUAAGACAUAAACGGUCCUUAUUCUUCCUUUUGUCACAUUAAACAAUUUCAAAUUUUUCCUUAACUUUAAUGUUUUCCACUGUCAUAUCUUUAACUUGCUUCUUCUACAAUCAUUUUCUUUCUAGCAGUAUCCACCAUUACUACCAAAUUUAUGCAAUAAUACUUCUAUUAAGCUUAAUGACACAUUUUUCUACCAAUACCAGACAAAAAUGGUUACACAAAUCACCAUUUCUUGUUUUUCUCUGCUAAUUUUCUGUUGUUUGAGCUGUUUUUGUGUCGCUUCUUAUUACCCACCUGAUAAUUAUCUUAUAAAUUGUGGUUCGAACAUUAAUACUACAAUUGAAAAUCGUGUUUUUGUUGGUGAUUCGACAAAACCCAGGUUUCUUUCUAUUUAUUCUUCUGCUAAAUCGUCACAAAUUUCUGUUUCUAACCUUGACCCAUCUACAAAUUCACUUUUAAUUUAUAAUUCGGCUAAAGUUUUCUUAGGUGGGUCUACUACAUAUGAAUUCAACAUCAAAAAGAUAGGAAUUCAUUUGGUACGUUUUCAUUUUUGGCCUUUUAAAUCUCAAAAUUAUAAUCUUAGUUCAGCUAUUUUUAGUGUUUCUGUUAAUGGGUAUUCACUAUUUCAUGGUUUUAGACCUUCUAUGAUGUCUUUAAGAGAAUUUAUAGUGAGAUUGAAUAGUAAUAAGCUUGAAAUUAUGUUUACUCCUGAUGUUAGUGGAAUCAGUUUUGGUUUUGUUAAUGCAAUUGAAGUGAUUUCAGCUCCUGAUAACUUGAUUCUUGAUUUUGGGGUGAUGAAUAUUUAUAAUAAUGGUAAAAAAGAGUAUAAGAAUUUAUCUUCUCAGAUUUUAGAGCCUGUUCAUAGGAUUAAUGUGGGUGGUUUGAAGAUAACCCCUUUUAAUGAUACCCUUUGGAGGACUUGGAUUCCUGAUGAUGAUUAUUUGGUUUUACAAUCAGCAGCUAAAAGAGUGAGCACAAAUCAUGCCCCUAAUUACAAACCUAGUGGUGCUAGUAGGGAGGUUGCACCUGAUCAUGUUUACAUGACUGCACAGGAGAUGAAUAGUAAUGUGACUGGUUUGGAUGAUUAUAAUAUAACCUGGAAUUUUCCUGUGAUUGAUCAUGUUCAGUAUGUUGUGAGACUGCAUUUUUGUGACAUUGUUAGUAUUGGGCUUAACCAGCUCUAUUUCAAUGUGUUUAUCAAUGGUUUGAUGGCAUAUAAGGACUUGGAUUUGUCGGAUUUAACGUUCCAUACGCUUGCAUCUCCUUAUUAUCUGGAUUUUGUUGUGUGGAUGGACCAUUCUGGACCUAUUCAGGUUAGUGUUGGUCCAUCUGCAUUGAGUACUUCUAUGAAGAAGAAUGCUAUUUUGAAUGGAGUUGAGAUCAUGAAGAUAGUAAACAGUAAGGUUACUGGAUCUGGAUCCCACAAACGGACAAUGUGGAUCGUUUUCGGGUCUGUCCUUGGAGGUGUUGUUCUGUUGAGCUUUGUGGUGGUGGGUGUUUUGGUUGCGUGUAAAUGCAGAAAGAAACAAAAACCAGCAUCGGAAAGUGCAGGUUGGACGAAUUUGCGUACAACAGGAGGAAGCAUGUUUAGUAGAGUUACAGAAAGUAGUACUUCUCCACACAGAAGUGGAUUAAAGAUCCCUUUUGAGGAAAUUCAAUAUGCAACAAAUAAUUUUGACAGAACUUUGAUAAUCGGAACUGGUGGGUUUGGGAUGGUGUUCAAAGGAGUCCUUAGAGAUGGUAGGAAAGUCGCUGUAAAACGAGGCAUGCCUGGGUCUAGGCAGGGUCUUCCAGAGUUCCAAACUGAAAUAUCGGUUCUAUCCAAGAUCAGACAUCGUCACCUUGUUUCUAUGGUUGGAUACUGUGAAGAGCAGUCGGAAAUGAUCCUAGCAUACGAGUAUGUCGAGAAAGGGCCAUUGAAGAAGCAUCUAUACGGUGGCGGAUCACCAGUAUUAUCGUGGAGGCAGAGGCUUGAUAUUUGCAUUGGUGCGGCUAGAGGUCUUCAUUACCUUCACACAGGUUUCGCACAGGGAAUCAUCCAUCGAGAUGUCAAAUCUACCAACAUUUUACUCGAUGAAAGCUAUGUUGCCAAAGUAGCUGAUUUUGGUUUGUCAAGGUCUGGCCCACAUCUUGAUCAGACUCAUGUUAGCACUGGUGUAAAAGGUAGUUUCGGUUAUCUCGAUCCAGAAUAUUUCAGAAGACAGCAACUCACAGAUAAAUCAGACGUUUAUUCGUUUGGAGUUGUAUUGCUCGAAGUUUUAUGUGCUAGACCAGCAGUAGAUCCCUUACUUACGAGGGAACAGGUUAAUUUAGCUGAAUGGGCAUUAGAAUACCAAAAGCAAGGCCUCCUAGAACAAAUCAUCGAUCCUCGUCUUAAGGAUGAAAUAAAACCAAGCUGUUUAAAAAAAUUCGGAGAUACAGCACAGAAAUGCUUAGCAGAAUAUGGUGUAGAUAGGCCGACUAUGGGCGAUGUUCUGUGGAACUUGGAGUACGCAUUGCAGCUUCAAGAGGGUCAAUCUACAACAGUGACAGACGAUACAAGUGACACAUUUACUACCGAAAUUUCAGUUUCAAGAGUCGUUCUUCCUGCUCCAACCACUGUUAUUCCCAUUGGUGAUACAAGUGACGAGAAUUUAUGCAAGUCAUCCAGUGAAGUUUUCUCACAGUUGGUGACCAGUGAUGGCAGAUAGCCCAAAAUGUGGUAAUUCAAGCCUUAGCUGGUUGAUAUUCUCAGCAUUUUGUGCUGUUGGUAAUUAGCUUUUGAUUGUUUAUUGCAUUAACUACUAAAGUUUUUGAAUUCAAUAUUCACUUCUAUAUUGUGCAUAUAUAAAAAUUCUCACUCAAUGAAUUGAAAUAUGCUCAGUAAUCAGGACUUUGACAAGAUCUUUAGCAUAAAAGAAAAUCUUACUUUUUUUUUUCCUAAGUAUUUUUUUUGGGCAAAUCUAAUUUUACUGUGUAUUUACCAAAGGAAUAGAGAGGCACACAACAAGAUCAAACCCUAAGUCAAAAGAGGCUAAGCUACAAUGAACUCUCAUGAAUUGCGUCGGUAUCAACAUAAUUCGCUAGAUAAUUCACUUUUUGAAUUCGCGAUUUGCUCAAAUGACCCAAAAGUAGCCCAAAAUUGACUGUAGUUCGCGUUUCGCGAUUUGUGAUUCGUGAGAAGAUUAGCGAAUUAUGUGAUAUUGGUCAGUAUAAAACUCCACCUUAGCUUCUACGAAGGGUUGAUAGAGUUCACCCUGCAUGUGCAAGAGAGAACAACUAGCAAAGCUUUUAACCAAAACAAAGCAAAAGCAGACGGUCAGUGCAAGAUCUUUACACAACCAGUAAUACUUAAACUUGCAGAAAGUUGCUUGAAGCUGUCCAAAGUACCAUCAGUUUUACAUUAUACCACAAUACCGAGCUAGUUAAAUUCUUACAGCCUUUAUUCUAACAUACCCUAUUUAAAAAUGUAGAAUGGCCUAGACUGUUGUACUGAUAUUAACAACUAACGUUUCAAUGUUGCAUUUGUAUUGUACAUCUUUUUUUCAAUCACAAGAGAACGCCUUUGUUCCGGCUCAAAAGGUGUAAUUUUUAUUUCAUGGGUUUCGAGAGAUAGAUAUAGCCUUCUUGUUAUACAAUGAAAGCCUUCACAAUGUUUAGCAGCAUAAAAGGGUUCACUCGUGUAAUAAACUAAGAAGCUGUGGCCUUUUGUAGUUUCCGCGACUGCUACUGAAUCAUCACUCUAGAAAUUAUACAGACAAUGCAAUUUCCUCGUUUAUUUGAUGUCCAGCAUUGUUUGUGUUUGUUCAUUGCUUAAGUUGCUCUUUUAAGUUGUAUCCAAUAGGGUUUUUCUCACUCAGGUCUGGUCUUAACCUGAUUUUAGCCGUUCUGGUCUGUUCCAUGAAAUCCAAUCUAAACAGGUCCAUUCCUGGUUCUGAAACGAUGCACAGGCUUAAGUCUAUUUAUCUACUGCUUGUGCCUGAGCAUUCCAUACACACAGUUCAACUCAAUGGUAAUUUCUCCUUAUUUGCUGAAGAUUAUUGAAUGAAGGAAUCGAAUAAUAUUGAUAAGGUAGCCUGUUGUUUGCUUGUAUCGAAUCUUCUUGUCUUCUUUUACAAGUUGAUCACCUUUAAUUCAUUGAUGGUGCCUUGCUGAACAUCUGAUAAUAUGGUGCAUUUUGCAAUUACUGAAGCAACCCAGUGUCAUUGCAAACUCCGGACUCACAAUUGAUUCCACUGCCCGGAUUCGAGUUUUUGACAUAUCAGCUACUUUUUGUAACAGGUUAGGAAGAUACAACCUCGUACGAAAUUACAAUCAACGUAAUGGUACGCCUGUGAGGUACACAAGAUGAUGCUGCAACAACUGCACUCGUGUCCCCCUCAAAAAUGAAUCUCGGUAAAUGUUACGAGGAAAAACACUCGGGGAUAUAAUACCAACUUCAGGUAUACGUUUCCAUGGUGACAGACACAAAAAAAAUAUCCAUGGUUACAUAAUGAAAAACCUUCAAAGCAAAUUGAUACAAUUGGUCUUUUCGAUUGAUACCUAGAUGUCACAUAAUUUUUCUACUGUCUCUACUAGUAGUUGCUAAAUUAGCAUCAUAAAUUUAUUACAGAACAUUCAAUAAUAUUAUAUUAAUGCACUACGCACUAUAAAAGGAAAAGAAUAAUCCAUGUGAAUGACAACUAAUAAUUAUCUAUUUGCUCAUGAGAAUAAACAGUAUAAAAU